AUGUUGAAUAGUAAGAGAGCGCGUUGGAUGUUCCAAACAAUUGCUGAUUCAUUUCGAUUGAAGGAUGGAAAUUUGGUGCCGGUGAGAUUUGUUGCCUUAUUUGUUAGGAAUUCUUAAAAGACAAGACUAAACUUGAAAAAUUCUUAGAGGGAGAAGGUCCACCCAAGAUAAUUAUAUACUACCAGAUUUAGGAUAACUAACAAACUGAUGAUAUGAAGGAGAAUCAAAACGAGCCUUCACUUUUUAUUUAAUCUGGAGAUUAAGAAAAAAUCAAAGAGAAAGCCCUAUGGUUUUUAAGAAUGUAAGUACACUCAAGCAUUUUUCUUUAUAUCAUCUUCCUUAUAUUUUAAAAUUAAAUCUUUAUGAAUUUUAUUUAGGACUCCAGAGGGCAAGACCGCCGUGAAUCUCAAUGAGACAUACGAUAACUAAGUGAUUUGGGGAGAAGUUUCACCCUAAUCGAUUUCCUAAUUGCAUACAGUGAUGGAAAAUGUGUACUACCCAUUGAUAAUUAACAUGAUGGAUGAGCGGGAAUGGGGAUAAUGUGAUGAAGAAUCCUUAAAGGAAUUCCAUAAUCACACCAAGAAAUUUUCUUAGGAAGUAUCAGAGGCAGUCAAAUUAAUGAGGCCAGGUUAAGAAUUAUUCAAAUUCGAUCCUGAAGAAGUAUAGAAAUACUCCAAUUCAAAUAAUGAAUAAGAAAAAAACCAAUUUUAUGAAAGAAAAUUUGCCUAAUGGAUUGCAAUCAUUAAUAACAAACUAGCUGAAGAUUAAAAUCCAAAGAAGGAUAGUCCAGAUGCAGGCCCAGAAGUUGAGUUGAAUUAUUGGAAAACAAGAAUGUAAGAAAUUACUAAUUGGUCUGAAUAAUUAAAGGGCAAAGACUUUGUCACUGUAAAAACUACACUCCAAAGAAACAAAUAACAUGAUAAAUCAACUAAUAGAGGAGAGGAGAACAUCAAUAAACUUAUAAUGGAAUAUAGCAGACUUGAUCUUUUGCUUACUGACAAAUUAAAUGAAGCCAAGGACAAUGUUAAGUAUCUCUCAACCUUGGAAAAGUUCCUUGAUCCUUUAUAUAAAGGAACUCCUCAAUAAAUUAUUGAUACAUUACCAGCACUUAUGAAUGCUAUUAAGAUGAUUCAUACUAUUGCUAGAUUUUAUAAUACAAAUGAUAAAAUGACUGGCUUGUUUGUCAAAAUUACUAAUCAAAUGAUUAAGAACUGCAAAGAGAGAAUACUAAAUGGAGGAAAGAAUCAAGACAUCUGGAAUAGAGAUCCAUCUGAAUUAAAUGAAGUUUUGAGACAAUGUAUCUAACUCAAUAGAGAAUACAAGGAUAGUUAUAAAGAAACUAAGGAGAAAGUGGCUGAUAUGCCCAAAGGUAAAACAUUCGAUUUCCCAGAAACACAGAUAUUUGGCAAAUUUGAUACUUUUGUCAGAAGAUUGGUUAAACUAAUUGACAUCUUUUAAAAUAUCUAAUAAUUCUAGGCUUUGGCUAAACACAACCUAGAAGGUAUGGAAUAAUUGACUGCCAAAUUUAAUUAAAUCAUUAAGGAUUUCAAAGCCAAAAAUCAUGAUUUGUUAGACACAAACAGUAAUAAAUUUGAUAGAGAUUGGGUCGAAUUCAAUGUUGAAAUAUCCCAUUUGGAUAUGUAAUUACAAUCAUUCAUUGAUAAUAAUUUCAAUAGACUGAGAACUAUUGAGUAUUCACUUAAAUUAUUGAAGAAAUUUGAAUAAACAAUCAAGAGAGAUCAAUUGAAAAAUUCAUUGGUAUCUAAAUAUAAUACAAUUUUACACAAUUAUGCAACAGAACUAGACAAGAUAUAACGUAUAUUCACUGAUUAAAAGUCAAGUCCUCCUAUUGUUAGAAAUAUACCACCUGAGGCUGGUAAGAUCAUUUGGGCAAGACAUCUAUUUUUAAAAAUUACAGGACCUAUUACUAAAUUCCCUGAAAAUGCUAUUGACUAAGGAGAAUUGAAGAAAUAUUAUGGUGGAUAUAACACUUUGGGUAAAUAAUUGACAAUCUACGAAAUGUGGUAUUAUUAGAAUUGGUCAAAUGAAAUUGAAAGAAGCAAGGCUGCAUUAUAAGCCACUUUGAUUGUAAGACAUGAUGAAAACAAAAAAUUAUAUGUUAACUUUGAUGUUGAAAUAAUGCAAUUAAUUAGAGAAGCCAAAGUAUUAGAUAGAUAAGGAAUUGAAAUACCCGAGAGUGCAAGAAUCAUUCUUUUGUAAGAGGAUAAAUUUAAGAUGUAUUACAAUGAAUUGCUUUAUGUUCUGAAAGAAUAUGAAAGAAUUAUUUCAAAAAUAAAACCAAUUUGCAAAACAUUGAUUGGUCCACAUGUUGAAGAUUUAGAGUUGAAAUUGAGACCUGGUAUGGUUACAUUGACUUGGACUUCAAUGAAUAUUGAUAGUUAUUUAUAGAGUGUUCAUGCAGGAUUGAAUAAAUUGGAAUAAUUGAUUAUCACAAUAAAUGAUAUCAUUGAAAAUAGAAUUGAGAACAAUUUGAAAAACAUUAGUAAAGUAUUGUUGGUGCAUUUACCAUAAGAGAGCAAGCCUUUGACUUUGGAUCAAUUUGUUAAUUUGUAGGAAGAAUACAUAAAGACUAAAACAGAUUAUUUGAUGAGUAAGAAUUUGGAAGUCGAAAGAGCAGUUGAUGAUUUACUCUAAGUUAUUAGAGAAUAUAAAUUAGAUCCACAUGUUGAAUAUGCUGAUCCUACAGAAACCAUCAGAAUCAAGAGAUAUUAUUUCUGGUAUUUGUAUUAAGCAUUACUUAAUUCAACAUAAAACUCACUUAAUGCCAUGAAAUACAGAGUCUGUGGUAAGAAAGGACCAGGAUAAUCAAGCACUUAAAAUUUAAAACCAUUCUUUGAAGUUGAUGUUCAAUUAUUCAAUAAUCAAGUAAGAUUGAAUCCAAGUUUGGAUGAAAUAUAGAAAGCAAUCAAUAGAGCAGCCACUGCAGUUUUGAGGUGUUCUAAGAAUCUUUAUAGUUGGAAUCUAUAGUAAAAGGAAAGCAAAGGAUCAUUUUAUGAGAUGAUUGCUCAAGAUAAGGAAAUUGUAAAAGUCAUUUUGUUAUUGACUGGUUCAAUUUAAGGUACAAGAAACAAGGUUCAUGAUUUCUUAUCAUCAUUCAAGAAGUUCUCAUGGUUGUGGACUGAAAACAUUUAAGAUAACAUUAAUAGUUUCAGUAAGAAGAAUCCAACUUUGCAAGAUUAUGAAGAUGCCUUGAAGAAGUUCACAUCAAUUGAAGAAGAAAUCGAUAAAAUUGAAGCAUCCCAUAAAAUUGGAGCCAUGGAAUUGAAGACAGGAAACCUUUGUAGUGGAUUGAAGGUACAUGCAAAGGAUUGGAAAAAUUUCUAUUGCUAAGAUCUUCAUAAAAGAGCAAGAUAAUUAUUGGACUAAUUGACUGAUUUGACUAAUUAAUAUUCAACCAAAUUAUCUAAGGAAGUUAAGGAUAUUGAUUCUUUAGGGUAUGUUAUGGAGUGUUUAGAAGACAUUCGUAAGAUUCAAGCAGAAAUUGAUUUGAAAUUUAAUCCAGUUUAAGAUAUGUAUGCUCUUUUGGAUAUCUAUUUGCCAGGUGGUAUUUCUGAUAAGGAUGAAAUGGAUCAAAGAUCUAUGUUAAGAAGAAAUUGGGAUCAAUUGAUUAGUUAGGCUGAAAUCAAAGGAAAAGAAUUACAAUAGAAAUAAAAGAAUUAUCUCAAAUAAUUGAAGAAGUCAAUUAAAGAAUUUAUUUAAGAAGUCAAUGAUUUCCGUAAGGAUUAUGAAUUGAAUGGACCCAUGGUGGAAAAUAUUGCACCAAAGGAAGCAAUGGAAAGAUUACGUAGAUUUGAGGAUGAAUUUUCAGUGAAAUAGAAAUUCUAUUAAAUUAAUAGGAAGGGUGAAGAUUUGUUUGGUCUGUAAAAUUAAUCUUAUCCUGCUCUUAAAAAGACUUAGGAUGAAUUAGCAAACUUGAAGAAAUUGUAUUCCUUAUUUUCAGAUGUUAUUGAUACAAUUAAUAAAUGGAAAGAAGAAUCUUGGGCUGAUGUUUCAGUAGAAUCAUUGAAUUAAAUGGAAGAAAAUUUCACAAAAUACACUGCUUAAUGUGGUACAUUACCAAGAGACUUAAGAGAAUGGUAAGCCUAUAAAGAAUUGAAAUUAGAAUUAGAUAAUUUGAAUAAGAUUUUGCCAAUCAUCAAGGAAUUGAAGAAGCCAUCCAUUAAACCAAGACAUUGGAUGAAGAUUGUUGAAACAACAGGAAAGUAAUUGAACUAUGAAAAUCCAGACAACUUCUUCAUUUCUGAUAUCAUAAAUUGUGAAUUGUUGGCUCAUGAAGAUGAUAUUGUAGAUAUCACAGAUUCAGCAGAUAAAUAAAUUAAGAUUGAAACAAGUUUGAAAGAUAUUGUAGACAGAUGGUCUACACAAGAAUUCAAAUUCUCAAUUUGGGGUAAAAGAGAAGUGCCAUGUAUGCUUAAUGGUUUAAGCGUGUAAGAAAUUACUGAAACUUUGGAAGAGGAUCAAAUGACCUUAUCUUCAUUGAAUGCCCAAAGAUAUGUAGCACCAUUCAAAGUUGAAGUUGAAAUCAAAAUCAGAGAAUUCUCAGAUGUCUCAGAAACAUUGGAUAUGUGGAUUAAAGUUUAAAAGUUAUGGACUGCAUUGGAACCAGUAUUCACAGGUGGUGAUAUUGCUAGAUAAAUGCCAUUAUAAGCUAAAUAAUUUGCAGCUAUUGAUAAGAAUUGGAUGAAAAUCAUGGAAAAAGCAUUUGAAAGCAAAAAAGUUAUUAUCAGUUGUUAAAAUGAUAUGUUAAAAGACUUCUUACCAGAUUUGUAAAAGAAAUUAGAAGAUUGCCAAAAGAUGUUGGAAGCCUAUUUGGAAGGUAAAAGAAAGAAGUUCCCAAGAUUUUACUUUGUGGCCAAUCAAGAUUUAUUAAAGAUUCUAUCUCAAGGAAGUGAUCCAAAGAGUAUUUAGGAAGAUUUUGAAAAAUUGUUUGAUGCCAUUACUAAAGUCACAUUUGGAAAGAACACUGAAAAGAAAGGAUCAACUGAAUUAGUGAUCCAAUAAAUUAUGUAAAGUGCAGGAAAAGAUGAAGAAAUUGUAGAUUUGAAUUAAAAUGUUAAAUGUGAGGGUAAUAUUGAAGGUUGGUUAAAGACCUUAGAAUUACAAAUGUAAUCUACACUAAGAGAUAUUACAAGAACAGCUUGCAGUGCUUGUUUCACUAUGUCAUUAAAGGAUUUCUGUAAGGCUUAUUGUUCCUAAAUUGCCUUGUUGGGUAUUCAAGUCAUUUGGACUCAAAAGAUCACAGAAGCCUUGGAAAAGACAGGAAGAUAAGAAAAUAAGAAUAUCAUGGAAACAAAGAGAGCUGAAAUUAGAGAUAUGAUGGCUGUAUUGUCAGCCAUGUGUUUGGAAGGAUACAAAAGUAAUUUAGAAAGAACAAGAGUAGAAACUUUGGUCACAAUUCACGUCCAUUAAAGAGAUAUUGCUUAAGAAUUGAAAUGCAAAGACAUUAAUGAUUUUGAUUGGUAAAAGUAAACUCGUCUUUAUUGGAAACAAGAUCCAGACACUUGUAUUAUUUCAAUUACAGAUUGGGAUCAAGGAUAUGCCUACGAAUUUUUGGGAUCUAAGGAAAGAUUGUGUAUUACUCCAUUGACAGAUAGAUGUUACAUCACAUUGGCUUAAGCUAUGUCUAUGUAUUACGGUGGAGCUCCUGCUGGACCAGCUGGUACAGGUAAAACUGAAACUGUUAAGGAUUUGGGUAGAACAUUGGGAGUCUUUGUCGUUGUCACAAAUUGUUCAGAUUAACACAGAUACAGAGAUAUGGCUAAGAUUUUCAAGGGAUUAUGUUAAUCAGGUUUAUGGGGUUGUUUCGACGAAUUCAAUAGAAUUGAUUUGGAGGUGCUUUCUGUCGUGGCUAUGUAAGUAGAAGCUAUUACGACUGCAAAGAAAUAACAUCUUAAAGAAUUUAUGUUCCCUGAAGAAGUUGCUCCCAUUGAAUUGCAAUAACAAGUUGGAUACUUUAUUACUAUGAAUCCAGGAUAUGCUGGUAGAUAAGAAUUACCAGAGAACUUAAAAGCCUUAUUUAGAGGAGUGUCUAUGAUGGUUCCAGAUAGAGAAAUUAUUAUUAAAGUCAAGUUGGCUUCUGUUGGUUAUAACUCAAUUGAUGCCUUAGCCAAAAAGUUCAAUGUUUUAUAUCGUUUAUGUGAAGAACAACUUUCAAAAUAAAGACAUUAUGAUUUUGGUUUACGUAACAUCUUAUCAGUGCUAAGAACAGCUGGUAAUACUAAAAGAGAAGAACUUAAAUCUGACGAAGAAAUGCUUUUAAUGAGAUCCUUAAGAGAUAUGAAUUUGAGUAAGUUGGUGGCUGAUGAUAUUGCUUUGUUCAAUGGAUUGUUACAAGAUAUCUUCCCUAAAUAAAGUGAUAUUAAAAAGAAGGAAUAUCCAGAUGUUGAAAAAAUGAUACCAUAAGUCAUCCAAAGAAAAGGAGGUUUAAUCAACAAUGAUAAAUUCUAAUUGAAGAUCAUUUAAUUAUAUGAAACAGCUUUGGUUAGACAUGGUUUUAUGUUAGUGGGACCAUCAGGCAGUGGUAAGACCACAAUUAUGUCUGUAUUGACAGAUUCAUUGACUGAUUUGGGACUUCCUCACAGAAUUACAAGACUUAAUCCUAAGGCCAUUACAGCUUAAGAAAUGUAUGGUGUCAAGAGUGAAAUUUCAGAUGAUUGGAUUCCAGGUAUUUUCAGUACAAUUUGGUAGAAAUCAAAUAGCAGAAACAACAAACAUACUACUUGGAUUACUUGUGAUGGUCCAGUGGAUGCUAUUUGGAUUGAAAAUUUGAAUACAGUGUUGGAUGACAAUAAGAUUCUUACUCUAGCCAAUGGUUAACGUAUUCCAAUGACAGAAAAUUGUAAAUUGGUAUUUGAAGUUGAAAAUCUGAAUAAUGCUUCACCAGCAACAGUCAGUAGAUGUGGAUAAGUUUAUAUUUCACCAACAGAUUUAGGAUAUGAACCAGUAUGGAAAGGAUGGAUUCUAUAAAGAAAAUUGGAUGCAAGAGUAGAUGAAUCAGAAAAGUUGAAUGUUUUACUCAACAAAUACUUCAACACUCAUCUUAUUUUAGAAACAAUAGACAAGACAUGCAAGAAUCCUGUUAUGGACAUCUCUUAUGUAUUAAAGGUAUAUCAAACCUUAAAUCUUCUGAAUGGUAUUUUGAGACCAUUAGUAAAUGCUAAUAAAACAUUGACUGAAUAAGAUUAUGAAAAAGUAGUUGUCUUUGCUAUGACUUGGGGAGUAGGUGGCAUCUAUGAAGUGCAAGAUAGAAUCUUAUUCCAUGAAUUCUUAGCCUAAAAAGGAGCCCCAAUCCCAUACAAAGCUAAGGAUGGUGAAACAGUCUUCGAUUACUAUAUCUACUUAGAUGAAAGAGGUACUUGUGAAUGGAAACUCAUAUCACCAGAAGAAUGGAAGGCCCCAGAUAAAUUCUAAUUCUCACAAUUACUCAUGCCCACUGUAGAUUCAUUCAGAGCUGAAAUGAUCUUAUCAUACAUUCUUAAUCAACCAAAGGCAUCACCAUAACCACCUGUCAGUUGCAGUUAUGUUAUCUUAGUCGGAGGUAGUGGUACAGCCAAAACAUCAAGUGUACUUAUGUAUGCCAACAAAUUCAACAAAGAAAAGAUGCUGUUCAAGAGAAUCAACUUUUCAUCUGCUACUCUACCUAGUCACUUCUAAGCUGCCAUUGAAGCUGAAUGUGAUUUCAAAAUAGGUAAAGAUUUUGCUCCUCCUCAAAAUAAAAACAUGACUGUAUUCAUUGAUGAUCUUUCAAUGCCUUUUGUAAAUAAGUGGGGAGAUUAAGUCACAUUGGAAAUAGUUAGACAACUGAUCGAUUAGGGUGGUUUCUAUAUGUUAGACAAAGCCUAAAGAGGUAAUUUCAGAGGUAUCAAGAACCUUACAUACAUCGGAGCUAUGUAACAUCCAGGAGGUGGUAGAAAUGAUAUUCCCAACAGAUUGAAGAGACAAGCAGUCAUUUUCAAUAUGAUUUUGCCACUCUCAGUUGAAGGCAUUUAUGGUCCAAUCAUCAAACAUUAAUUCAAGGCUAAAUAUUUCUCCGCUGAUGUCAAUAGAGCUAUUGAUACAUUAACUGGUGCAACCAUUUAAAUUUGGAAUAAGGUCAAAGCAACUAUGUUACCAACACCUGCUAAAUUCCAUUACGUGUUCAACAUGAGAGAUUUAUCUCGUGUCUUCAAGGGUAUCCUAUCAGUCAGAAAGGAAACAAUAAACACUGCUGCUUAAGUUGGACCCAUGAAAUCUGAUGUAUUUUUAGUUGGAUUAUGGAUGCAUGAAUGUGAAAGAGUCUUUGUCGAUAAAAUGACUAAUCAAAAAGAUAAGGAUCAAGUAUGUAAUUACAUUAAGGAUAUUGCUUUGGAUCUCUAUAAUCAUCUAGAUAGUGAAAUCUAGGAUAAAUUCAGCAAGGAGAAGUUAUUCUUAAUGUGUGAUUUCUUGAAGGAAGACAUAAAGAAUGAGGAUGGAUUAGUUGAAGUUGAAGCUGAAAAGAUUUAUGAGGGAGUUAACUCUAUUGAUAGAUUAAGAUUAAGAUGUAACACACUUUUACAAGAUUAUAAUGAUAAAUAUCCAGCAAAGAAGAUGAGUCUAGUGCUUUUCGAUGAUGCUAUCAAACAUUUGUUGCGUAUUUCAAGAUUGAUUAAAUAACCAAGAUCAAAUGCUUUAUUAGUAGGAGUUGGUGGUUCAGGUAAAUAAUCUUUGACAAGAUUGGCUGCUGAUAUCUUGAAGAAUGUGUGCUAUUAAAUUAUUUUGACUAAAAAUUUCAGUGAAAAAGACUUGAAAGAAGAAAUUAAGAAAUUGUUUGAUUGGGCUGGCCAUCUUGGUAAAUAGGUUACAUUCAUCUUGACAGAUAGUGAAGUGAAGAAGGAAGAAUUCUUAGAAUAUAUCAAUAUGAUCUUAUCAACAGGAGAAGUGGCUGGUUUAUUGGCUAAGGAUGAAAAGGAAGUUUGGUUGGCAGAUGUUAGAAAUGAUUAUGUCAAAGAGAAAUAAUUGGGUAAUAUUGAUCCUCCUUAGAGUGACUUGUAUGCCUAUUUGGUUGAUAGAAUAAGAGAUAAUUUGCACAUUAUUUUGUGCUUCUCACCAGUAGGUUAGAAAUUCAGAGAACAUGACUGUAUUCAUUGA